AUGACCGAUCAUAAAAUUAAAGAUGGACUCUCAAUUAAUUUGUGUCGAUGUCGACUUCAUAAUUAUGGUUGUACUGAUUUAUUUCCAUCAAAUCAAUUAUCUAAGCAUUAUUUAAGUGACACACAUAUUAAAAGUAUUAUUAAAUUUAUUUGCGUACAACAAAAUAAUCAUGAAUAUGCACUAAUUGAUCUUGUAAUCGAUCCAAUAGGAACUGGCCAACUUUUAUCGUCAAGAAAUAAUCAAUCAAAUAAUUAUUCACAAUUGGUUGAACGACUAAAUUUUGCUGUAAACGAGUUUCUUCAAUCGUCAAAUACAACAGAUAUUGCUUCAAAUACUUUACGAAAUAUAAAUCAAAUAUCUAAUACGAUUCAAUAUCAAGCAAGAAAUUUAAUCAUUAAUAUGGAUAGAAACUCAAAUUAUACUUCUAACUUACAAACACAUCAAGAUUUAUGUCAAUCAAAUGAAAUGGUAAUGAAUCAAAUUUUUAAUUUAAUUGAUUCAUCAUCAGAUAGCAAUGAAUUAAAUCAUCAUACAGAACAAACUGAACAACAUCAAAAUUCAUCACAUAUCAAUGAACAUAAUACUUUACAAUUUCAUAUAAAUUCAUGUCAAAUUCUUCAAACUCAAUUAGAAAAUACAUCUGUUUCAACAGAUGGUACACUCAUUUGGUAUGUUGUUGAAAUAUUACAAAAAAUUGACGAUGCUAUUAGUGGAAAGCAACCAUUUAUUGAUUCAGAUCAAUUUCAAACAUCAAUGAAUGGUCAACGAUUAUGGGCUCGUAUUUAUCUCAAUGGAAAAUCUGAUCGAAAAUUUAUAUCAUUUCAUAUACAUCUGAAUUUUCCAGUGUAUAAUACUUUUAGUGGUUAUAUUGAAUUUAUUUUGGUUGAUCAAAGCACUAAUAUUCCAUUAGAACACAUUAUAAAACGGUGCCCUGUAGAAAUGAAUAAUGUGAAUGAUUGUAUUGGAUUCGAUGAUUUUAUUGAUAAAAAUCUACUUCAUAAAAAGUCAAAUCCAUAUAUACUUAAUCAUUCAGUUUAUUUCAUUGUCCGUAUUGAACAAACUGAUCAACAAAAAUUUAUUCAUCUUCCAUUAAAUGUUCAAGAUGCUUUAGCUCGAAGUUCUUUAGCACAUUAA